AUGGCCAGUAGUAAAGCUGAAGGAGAUCAAAAGGAAUAUGUAAAUGAGCAAGCAGUUGCAAAUAAGUUUGCUGCUAUGAGGUCAGAACUCAACCAAAUUUACUCGAAAAUCACUGAGCUAGAGAUGGAAGCAAGCGAGCACUCGUUGGUCAUCAGUGCCAUCCAGCCCCUCGAUCCAUCCAGGCGAUGCUACCGGAUGAUCGGAGGUGUGCUGGUGGAGAGAACAAUCAAGGAGGUCCUGCCUGCUGUGCAGCGCAACAAAGAGGGGAUCGAGGAGGUUAUUGCUAGGCUGAAUGAGGCAUUGGAAAAGAAGAAAAAGGAAAUUUCUGAUUUUGAGGCCAAGUACAAGAUCAAGAUACGGAAGGAACAGGGUGAGGAGAAGGACGAUAGUGCUCGGAAAGAAGGGACUGCUCAAGGAGUCCUGGUCGGCCCUGCCGGCGGAAGUGAAUGA